GAACUCGUCUAUAUAAGUAUUGAGCCAACAUGCAGAAAGUAAAGAAUACAAUGGAAAGUAAGAAGUACAAGAAGCGGUUUGUGCUCGUCCAUGGGCUCUGCCACGGCGCAUGGACUUGGUACAAACUGAAAACGCAGCUGGAGGCUGCAGGUCACUAUGUGACAGUUGUGGAUCUGGCUACAUCUGGUAUAAACAUGACCAGCUUGGAAGAGAUUGAGACUUUAAAGGAUUACUGCAAACCGUUGCUUGAGUUUCUGAACUCUCUUUGCUCAGAUGACGAAAAGGUGAUUGUUAUUGCUCAUAGCAUGGGAGGAAUAUGUGCUGCGCUUGCUGCAGACAUCUUCCCAUGCAAGAUCGCUGUUAUUGUCUUCAUGACAGCUUUCAUGCCCGAUACAAGAAAUCCACCUGCUUAUGUUUACCAAAAGAAAAAAGAAUCGCAGUUUCGUAGCAGACAAAUACAACAAAGGCUGAUCACAAGUUUCGCCCAAGAGGAUUGGUUGGACACCGUCUUCGGAACCUACGGGAAACCUGAUCACCCUUUAGAGUUUGCCCUUUUUGGACCAAACUUCAUGGCCACAAAUCUCUAUCAGCUCUCUCCACCAGAAGAUCUUGAAUUGGCGAAAAUGUUGGUGAGGGUAAACCCCAUAGUUACAGACAAUCUAGCAGGGACAAGAAACUUUAGCGAGGAUGGGUACGGAUCUGUUACACGUAUUUAUAUCGUAUGCGGAGAGGACCUUGCAAUACCUGAGGAUUACCAGCGUUGGAUGAUCAGCAAUUUUCCUGUAAAAGAAGUGAUGGAGAUCAAAGAUGCAGAUCAUAUGGCAAUGUUUUCUAAGCCUCAAGAACUCUGUGCUCUUCUCUUGGUGGUUGCGGAUAAAUAUGCUUAAAUAAACCUGAGAUCUUCGCUGGAUUUUAGUUACAAGAUUCAGCUUCCACCACAAUAAUAAGCCUGAUGUGAUUGAUUUGGGUGACUACAUUAUAUCUGUAUAAGAAAUAAGAAAAUGAUAUUGUUCAUAAGAAUGGUUAUAUGAAUUACAAAAAAAAAAACCUAAAACAUA